UCCGCCAACGCCACGUCACCUCCUCCGCUAUCCCGCGCGCCGCGCGGCGUACAUACGUCUUCCUCACCUCACCUCUCCACCGCCUAAGCCUCUACCUUUCUCCUGCUCCUUCUCUCGUCUUCUUCCUCCACAACUACUCUCUCCUCCUCCUCCUCCUCUACUACACGCUUCAUCAACAACACAGAAGCAAGAACUAGAGAAAAAAUACGAACGAUUCUCUUCUCCAACCAACGCUGUGUUAAUCCGGAUGGGCUCCACCGAUCGGAAGGUGGUGGGGAUCGGCGUGGCGGAGGAAGGGAGGAGGAGCUGCGUCGAAUGCCGCGCCACCACCACGCCCAUGUGGCGCAGCGGCCCGACCGGCCCCAGGUCUCUAUGCAACGCUUGCGGAAUCCGGUACCGGAAGAAGAGGAGGCAGGAUCUUGGGCUGGACCUGAACCAGCCACAGAAGCAGGAGCAUGGUGAGGUAAUACCUGAAGUAAAAGACAGUAACAGCAACAGCAACAACUGCAACAGUGGGAGUGGAAAUAGCAGCAGCAACUUGCAGGUUGUUCCGAAAAGGAGGCUUCUGAUGGGUGUGGAGGAGGCUGCAUUGUUGCUAAUGACAUUGUCGUCCCCAUCUGCAUCCACAUUGCUACAUGGCUGACAAUAUCCUGCUCACCCCCAAUCGCCAAAUGUACAUAGUACAUACUACAUACAAAGCACACACCACCAAUGGUUCCAGAUCAUACAGGUUUCUUGGUUUAUCAGGAUGAGAUAGGGGAGGGGCCCUAUCUGAAGAAGAUGAUGAUGAUGGGAUAAUGUGAGGGAUGGAUUUGUGGCGAUCUGAUGACUCCGUCUGCUCCUUCUCCGUGCCGCUGUAUCGUAGAUAAAUUGAUCAUGUCGACCUUAUCUGUUUGUGAUUGUGGUAGGAUCCAUAUGAUCAGAGGUCCGUUGAUCUCACUCACACCCUUCUUUUUUUGUCCUUUUAUUUUUUAUUUCCUUCUUUUUUGUUCUUCGAAUAUGUACAUCGAUGUUGCCCCCUGUGAGGGAAUGAUGGUCAGAAGGAGACAUCGUUCCUCUUCAUUCUGAAAUAAAAGUGAAAGUAAUAAAGAAUUUAUUUGUUCAUCACA